AUGGAUGUGUUCAUGAAAGGGUUGUCCAAAGCUAAAGACGGCAUGGCUAUGGCCGCGGAGAAGACUAAAGAGGGAGCUGCGCUGGCGGCGGAAAAGACUAAGGAAGGCGCCAUGUUUAUCGGCACCAAGGCCAAAGAUGGUGUUGGUUCAGCGAAGGACCUUGCUGGUGGAGCCAUGGGGAAUAUCGCUGCUGCCACCGGCCUGGGGAAGAAGGACGAGUUCCCAUCUGACAUGAACCCUGAGGAGUAUGGGCAGGAGGCCAUGGAAGGAGAGCCACAGGGAGAUCAGCAGGAGGGAGAGACAUAUGACGAGAACCAGCAGGAGCAGGGCCACGACUACGAACAAGAAGCAUAAAACCAUCAUUCCAAGUCUUCAUCCAACCAGCAGCACAAUUUAUUACAACAAAAAGGACAAACGAUGAAAGUACCACAAUAAUACAAAUCUAAUCCUGUUACACAAAAAACCACAAACAAGCAUUCCACCUGAGAAAAAUGUUCUUCCUUCGUCUUCAAGACGAAUCUUUUAUGAUAAUCGAUGCUAUAUUGUAAAUGUCAUGUUACUGCUGUAAUGUGUUGGGUCGUGUAGUUGUUCCUUGAAGUGUAGAAGCCGCCAGCAGUCUCGAGUCUCGUUUCCUUGAUUCCCUCCCAAUGGAGCGAGACCACGGACCAGGCCUAUGGCUUGUGACCGUAGAAAUACAAUCCAAUAGAACAGGCCUCCCCAUUCAAGAUUGGACUCUAUUUCUAUGUGUGUGACUCUUUGUGUGUUUCUCUAUUUAUAAAUGUGAGAUAAUAAUAAUAGGUGUAUUUUUCUCAUCUUCCAAAAUCGAUGUUGGGAGCGAAAGAGAAUUAUAAAUCCGGUUGUAAACAGAUAUGACUACUACCAAUAAUAUUCUCUACGUGUGUACAAUGCCUG